GCAUUGUUUAGUGUCCUCAGCAGCAUGCAGAAGAGAUCGGCGCGUUUCAUUUGAUCAGAUCAUAACAAUGGUGUCCGAAGGCACUCUCCUGGGCAUGGGUAACCCUCUCCUCGACAUCUCCGCCGUCGUCGAUGAAGACUUCUUAAAAAAAUAUGAUAUCACCUCGAACAAUGCGAUUCUUGCGGAGGACAAGCACAAGCCUAUGUAUCAAGAAUUGGCUGAGAAAUAUAAUGUGGAGUACAUUGCUGGAGGUGCCACUCAGAAUUCAAUCAAGGUUGCUCAAUGGAUGCUCCAAGUUCCUGGUGCAACAAGUUACAUGGGUGGCAUAGGAAAGGAUAAGUUUGGGGAAGAGAUGAAGAAGAACUCAAAGCUUGCUGGUGUAAAUGUUCACUAUUAUGAAGAUGAAACUACACCUACUGGAACUUGUGCUGUUUGUAUAGUUGGUGGUGAAAGGUCUCUUGUGGCGAACUUAGCAGCUGCCAAUUGCUACAAGUCUGAUCAUUUGAAGAGACCAGAAAAUUGGGCACUAGUUGAAAAGGCCAAGUAUAUUUAUAUUGCCGGCUUUUUCCUCACUGUAUCACCAGAUUCCAUCCAGUUAGUUGCUGAGCAUUCUGCUGCAAAUAACAAGAUCUUCUCAAUGAACCUUUCUGCUCCUUUUAUCUGUGAGUUUUUCAGGGAUGUACAGGAGAAAGCUCUACCGUAUACGGACUUUGUUUUCGGAAAUGAGACUGAAGCAAGAACAUUUUCUAAAGUUCAUGGCUGGGAGACUGAUAAUGUCGAGGAGAUAGCUGUAAAGAUUUCCCAAUGGCCAAAGGCAUCAGGAACACACAAAAGGAUAACAGUUAUCACACAGGGUGCGGAUCCUAUUUGUGUUGCUGAGGAUGGGAAGGUGAAAAAGUUCCCUGUGAAACUUUUGCCUAAAGAGAAACUAGUUGAUACAAAUGGAGCAGGAGAUGCAUUUGUUGGAGGAUUUCUUUCUCAAUUGGUUCAGGAGAAGCCCAUUGAAGAAUGUGUGAGAGCUGGCUGUUAUGCAGCAAAUGUUAUCAUCCAAAGGUCUGGCUGUACGUACCCAGAGAAGCCUGAUUUUCAUUGAGUGUUUCUCUCGGUUCUGUUCCCAUUAUGAAGUUUUGAUUGUUAGGAAACCUUUUGUUGUAUUUCGAUAGUUGCAGUAUAACAACUGCAUUUGGAUUUUUUCAAUCCCGACUGGGGAAAGCGGGGAAAAAGUUUCAGUGAAAGGAAACAAAUAAUUAAUCUGUUAUAUUAUAGUACUACCAUUAGAGAUUUAGAGCAUCGUUUCAUAUUUUUGCUGAGUUUGUUAUUGAGUCUUUUUUAUUCGAUAUUAAACCUUGUUAUUGUGCUUA